AUGACGAAUUAUUCCAAGGAUCUCAACUACGAUUCUAAACGUUCCUGGUUCGUCUGCGCAUCUUCGUUCAUAGUGCAGUUCACUAUCUUUGGGAUACACAGUUCCGUGGGGAUUUUUUUCAUCGCCUUCGACAGGGAAUUUCACCGGAGUGAAUCCGCUACAGGUACGAAAUAUUUCGAUCCGCUAUAUUCUGAAUUUUUUUUAUCAGUAUAGGUAAUAAAUUUAGAAAUCACUGAUACCUGUUAUGCAUCUAAUUUAUAGUGUCGGCAUGUAUCUGUAAGCCAGAUGAAAUGACAUUGCAACACAUGUAUCUUCUCUUACCGAGAGGUUAUCGCUAAGGACAAAAUACGAAACCAAAACAUCUGCUGUGAUUGGCUGUAGCUUUUUUUGGAAUACAUCUAAAACAGUAAAUAAUUUGUCAAGUUUACUUCAACGAUGAAUAUUUCAUUACUGUUACUCAGAACACCAGAAGUUAAUGAGCUUUGGUUACAGCGGGCCAGAUAAACCAGUUUUUGCGCAGUUGUUUUUCACUGUACGGACGUUCUGCUUCGUGUGAGAUCCAGUUUGCUACGCGAACACGUUUUCCGGAAACUGGUAAUUUUAUAUAAUUUCCGGAAAGUAACGUUGAUCUCUUUUGAGAGAACAGGGAAUGACUAACAUUAUUAAAUCAGUGUUAUUUGCCUUCCUGCUUCGACAUGAUUAAAAAAUUUACGUCAAAGUCUAAAUUCCCCAUUUCGGAGGGGCUACAACAAUUUCGCAGGGGAGGGGACAAGACAUGAGUAAGUAUUUAAACGGUGGGGGCUGGGGACAUGGAGAUUCAAUUUGUAUUUAAGAACCAUUGGAUAUUUGACCACUAUUUGACGCUAAAUCUUUGUAAAACAUUAAGGACGGUCUUUUUUUAUUGCACUCACUAGUGGAGAGUAACGGAAGAAAAUCUCGUGUUCAAGUUUCAGUAAGGCCUCCCCUGUUCACAAUGUCAACACAUGGAGUAUUUGACAUUGAUCAGAAAAUUAAAAUUCCUUGCUUGUCGAUCGGCUUUCGAUAAUUCAGUAAUAUCAGAGAAGGCGAGAUCACGAACACUUAUCUCGUCACGAGAUCCUACGUCACCUUAGAGAGACCUUGAAGAAUGUGACAGGCCAGGAGCGUGAAAUGUUAGUUGUAAAGACACGCAUUUUGUGUCUACAAGAGUCGCCCAGAGAAGAUCUUUUUUUUUAUUAUUUUUUGUUAGGUGGCUUGUGAGUGUUUCUCUGAAUGAAAGAAAAAUGGAUAUCUGUGUAAGAGCUCCAUCUGCGGAUCCAAAGUUAUAGCUAUGGUUACAGAGUCAUAUAUCAUUAUGAACUUUGGAUCCAUUGUGGUAGCACUGAAUCAAAAGUUAUAACUGUGGAUCUAUAGUUAUAAUUUUGACUCCAAUAUCCACCUUUUUUCUUUUUACUAGAAUGGUACUUAUGAGCCACCGCACUAAUGAUGCACGCAACUUCAUGUGAUUCUGGCCUCUUGGCAACAGAUCAUUUAAAAUUAAAAUCAGUAUGGACAUGAGGCGGUUUUAACUGGACCAGUGUCAAAGCAGUUCCCUUUUUUUUUUUCCUUUUUUUUUUUGUUGACUUUUCUCACGGAAAGCAAAAGGUCACAUCAGCGAUCUUGUGGUUUUGCUAUAUUUGUCCCAUUCACCAACGUAUUUUUUUUAACCUUCCAUUAUAGUCACGCAAUGUGAAAUCCAUAAGGACCAACUAUCAACAAAUAUCAAAUCAUCUCCUUUCAGCUACACUGAAAAUAUUCAAAUGUUUCUAGUCUAGGACUAAAUUUCAUCUCGUUUAGUCGGUUUUAAACGAUUGACUUAAGUUUCCAAUGGCAAUAAUAUAGGGUUACCUCGGACUGUAAGAAAAAACUGACCCUUUGUUCAUAUAACUUGUUUAUUCAGGAAAAACAAGAAAACAAACAGGCAUACAUCUCGUGACUAGCUUGCUUGUCUUAUCAGCUACCAAGGCUCAACAAGAGCACGAACUAUUUGCUUUACUACGUCAUUGAUAUUAUCGACUCAAUGUCAUCAAAGAACUGGUUAAGCUAGUUUCACAGAAUGCUUAGUGCAAAUUUCUCUCAUCGUAAUAUCGAAAAUGCCAAUCUAAUGUCUUCUUUGUCUUCGGGCGGACCUCGUCCGUCAUUUCCGGUGUUUUUGGCGUUAUACAACAGAAGACCGAAAAAAAAAGAUUUCCCUCUAAGGUUUGUGCGGUAAAGUUUCACUCCUCCUUCAUGUUCGCCAGUCUUAAGUUGAAUUUUAGGUUCAGUGCAAACAGCAAAGAGAAAGAAAGGUCGAUUAUGGUUUUGUAUAAAGGAAAUUACAAGGACGCUUUUGACACCCGCUCUGCGGGCUGUAUGAAAUUGUUGAUACCCAGGCGAGGCUGGUAAAAGUUUAUAUUCAGACAGUAUGUUUACCCGUUAACCCUUUAGACCCUAAGAAUGACUAGCAUCUAAUUUCUCCUUACAAUAUCACCCCUUAAGCACACAUUAAGGUCAGGAGAAUAAAGGAGCUGAUCACGGACUAAAGAAGCUAUUGUUAGGCAAAUUCUCCAUGUCGGCAUCUUAGGGAAUGUAUAGAGAACAGUAUGGAGAAUAUGCAUACUGAUGUUAGGUUGUGAGGGUUGAGCGAAUCAAAAUACCCACGACAAAAGCGUCUGCAUAAGCACAGAAAAAAGGGACAUGUUUUGUUCCCCCUGUGCCUAUGGCGCUCACUUUGACCCAGAUCUCUUCAAGAGACUAUCUGGUGAAAACCAGCCUCCUCUAAUAUAUGUAUCUAUUUUCUUACAGCAUGGGUAGGCUCAUUGGCAUUUGGACUCAUGUUUUUCCUGGGACCUCUGACUACAGUGCUGUGCGAGCACUUCGGAUGCCAAGUGGUCACGUGUGUUGGAGGCCUUCUCUCAUUCACUGGUCUUCUUUCUACGUCAUUCGUAACCAGUUUCCCUUUAUUGUACUUCACUUAUGGCUUUCUAUGGGGAGCUGGGACGAGUCUUUGUUACUUCGCCUCUUUGGUCAGUUUACCGUUGCAUUUUAGAAAUUAUUUAUCACUGGCUUAUGGAAUCGCUAUCGCUGGGGCUGGCUUCGGUGUUCCGCCGACAACAUGGGCCAUCAAUCAACUUAUUGGAUAUUAUAACUGGAGGAUAACCAUGAGAAUUCUCGCCGGAAUGUCACUUUUGAUGAGCGUUUCAAGUGUGACUUACGGUGGCUUUGCAACUGUGCAAGAACAUUGUGUUGAAAUGGAGAAGAGCAACGCAUUUAGGCAUUCAAUAAGUGGGACUAUCCUAAAGCUUAAAUUACGUAUUUUGGAAUUUUUUAAAUUAAAUCCUUGGAAAAAUAAGGCCUUUGCGGUAUGGGCCGUUUCCCUAAGCUUCAUCGCGUUCGGAAACUUUAUACCAUUUGUCUUUUUGGUAAGUACAACUGUGAAAACUCUUACAGUGUUGUUCCAGCGGCCCCUUGCGCUGGCGAAAGGCCUUGGAAAACCUUACCCCUAGUUCCAACAAAGAUUUUCUUAGGCUCUGCACAACGCUUACCCCAUAUUAGUUUUCGCUUGGUAAAUACAACAGUGAAAGGAGAGUUUAGAAGCAAAUUACUGCAUAUUAACUCUAAAACAAAACAUGUUUUAAUUUUAUUGGUCCAACAGAUCAGCAUUGCAAACGAGAUUGGAAUACCGAGCUCCAAAAGCGCAUUACUCAUUGGUUACCAGGCCAUAACGAAUACAGCUGCUCGCAUCGCGUUUGGAAGGCUUGUUAAUAAUCCUCGAAUGGACAAAAUUGUAUCGGUUCAAAUAAUGGGCCUUAUGUUAGCUGUUAACGCCACACUCUUUCCUUUAGCAAAGACUUACUCUUCUUUAGUUGUAUAUGUCGUUGUCUUCGGUUGUUUUGAUGGAAGUUUAGCUGUUAUGUUUGGGAUGGGUACAUUGCAUAUUGUUGGAGAAAGACUCGCCGGGCGCGCAUUUGGAAAUCUUUGUUUCGCGGCCGCUAUUGGAAAUGUACUUGGCCCUCCUGUGGCAGGUUAGUAUCACUGAAGUGAUAUCAGAAUGUCACGUCUAUAAUUAGGAGUUCGUAUCCAAACCCAAAAUAAGUUGCAUAGAAGAUGACGUCAUAACUAGCAAUGUGGAUCUCUCUAAUGAGAGAUUAUGAACUUUGAGGAGAACUUGUAAUUCAAUUUUAAACAGUGCAUUAUACCUGGGGGCCUUUCCACACUGACUAAAAAGUGUCAUCACCGACAUUUUACAAAUGCAAAAGAUUUGACAAAUUUUGGACUGAGCGGACAAAUCUUCAAAUUACGCACCGCCGACAAAAUUUGUCCCGGGUAAAAACUGGACAAAAUCGACAAAAUAAACAAAAUCGUGAUAAACUUUUCAAUCAUUUGUCGUAAAAGCUACGACAAGCAUGCAAUUGAACUAAAGUCAGUUUACCAGAAAGGCACAAAUGGUGUUUAGUUGCAAAUUCGGGGAUUCUAAAAUUUUAAAACGACCUAGGAUAAGUCCUGUAAAUUGGAGGUGGAAUCCUUUAGCAACUAUGCUGGCCGCUCUUAUGAACAGAUCAGGCGCUGACGGAAUUUGACGAUUUAAAAUUUUAAAUGCGGAUGCAAUAGACGAAACAAAAAUUCUUCAUGACAAAAUUUGUCCUUUGAAUUGGUCGGGACACUUCUAGUUUGGUCCGCUUGUGCAGAAGGCCCCUCAGUGAGAUCUUUUAGCACAUUAAGAGCGACUAGGGCCUUUCUACUUCCCUUUGGGGGAAUAUGCUGGUCCAUAAAAGGUUACCCACCUUUCUCAAAGACGCAAAACUAGUUAACAAAGAGUCUCCCACACUUUCUUUUGAAAUAUCGCCUUCAUCACAUUUUCACUCAUCACAGGUUUUAUCUUUGAUGUCUUCGGAAAAUAUGACAUUGCGUUCUUCCUUUCUGGAGCCUUCAUGACGUUUGGGGUUUGUCUGUUGUUCCUUGUGCCUCGUUUGAUGCCGGAAAAAAUAGAAGUAUGCGAAGAAAGAGUGGUUCUUUUAAGCGACGAUGCCAAGAAACAGUCAACUAACUACAAGCAGAAGCCCAGAGUAAUUUACAGCUUUCCAAUAGAGGCUGCUUUCUUCGCACAAACUCGCUGCGAUCACGUGCUACAGCAUAGUGUUUCUAUGGGAACGUUAAGAGAGAUUGAUACGCCACCUUUGAUUAAGUCAGCAAUGUUCCGCGCAUGGUCUGCCGCUGCCCAAUUACAUUGCACUGACUCUCUGAAUGGUUCAUCGGGUUAUGAGAGUGACUUCAAUAGACAAAGCUCUUGCUCUCAGUACAGUGAAGUCGUAGAUAUGUCACUGGAAAACGAACAUGGGUCUAUAACCUUGGUAACACCGGCUAUGAGUUUUGACAAUAUGGAGGUUUUUGUUCAACAAGAGAAACUUCAACAAGAGGGCUGGGUUGGAGGUGCUAUGGAUUUAUAUAGUGUUAUGUUUGAAUCCUUGUUGGAACGAGUAGAAACUAAUCCAAGAACUCCAUUUGAAGAUGAUUCAAGCGAUGAAAACGCUUCCAAAGCUGACGCAGAGAUGAAAAUAAUACCCAAUUUUUCCCAGUCAGAAUUUGGGUGCAAGUUAGAUCUUUGUCGAGAAACGAUUUUAUAAAAUUACCUUUCAAACUAUUUGAUUAGGACUUUUUUAUCAUUAUGUUAAAGGUACUUAUUAUUGGUUAAAAUGGCUGGCCAUAACAGUUGAUCGAUGAAGCGAAUUAUGUUAUUCAUUAGGACUGCUUUCCGAUCAAAUUACGUAAUUUAAAAGCUGACGUUUCGAGCGUUGGCCCUUCGUCAGAGCGAUUGUUAACAACCGCUAAGUCGGAAACGAGCCCGCUCUCCUCUCCCACAGGCAGUCUUAUCUCGAUGAAGAACAAAGAUCGGACUCGACAGAGUGUUAGGACGUACUGUCUGAGAGAGACUCAUAAAAGAUUACCAUAUUGGGAAAAAGGGUGGUUCGUCAUUAUGGACUAGCGUUUACCGUUAUCCAACAAUUUCAAAAUUAAUUUAAUGACUAGAGGGUACAUAAAAACGUUUUAAUGAUCCUAGUGAUACACAGUGUUGUACUGGGGCAACUUCUGACUCAGAAGGAAUUAUUUGUUAUCAAAAUAACAUCGAAUAUUUAUUGGUUUCUAAGAAACGUUUUCCAUUCAAGAAUUGCAAAGAAUAUCUAACUUGUCAGCCAUUUUUAGGCACUGGUAAGUCAACACAUUGCAAUGUUUUGGUGACUUAAAGUUUCAAUAC